GAGGUGCAGGAAUGGGCGAUAUUAUUUGAUGCGUGCGGUGAUUGGUGAUUACGGUGGCAGCAGUUGCCUCGCAGCACGCCGGGGGGUGGAGCAUCUACAUGUGCGCACGCUUCUCAUGUAACCGCCCCUCAAGCCUCAAGGCCGCAAACAUUUUGAACAAAUAGUACCAGUUCGUAUCGGUGAGUACUGUGGUGCUCUCGUGCCUCACUCAACUCCUCGGCUCAGCUCAGGAGCUGACACUAUUUUGGACAUGCCACUCCUCCCCGUGCGAUGGGGUGUUUUGACAGUGAUGGUGGUGGAGGGUAUGGGUAGGGUAUGGGUACUACCACCACACUGGCUGCACCCAACGCACCGCAUUCCACACUCUGCCCGAAUGUCACAACGAACCAGCUCGACUUUGUGAACAACACUGAUGGAUGUGUUACGUCCGCGUACAAGCAUAGUGAGCCACAGGAGAAUAACCGCACAAAACUCAAGUCAAUCCAUUAUCACGAUAUAUUCUGCAUAAAUAGAUUAUGCCCGGCUAGGUUAACGUCUCACUUGUACAAUGAAGGUGGAGGAUGUGUCGUACCCAACGACUUCCUUGAAGGACUGAUGAAGAAGAACGCCCCGUAUAUAUUCUGUGGUCGGUUCAUUGGUAACAAUUACGAGGAAAUGGCCCUCACAGCAGUGCCUGUUUCGUAUAACAGUGACCUUGAAAACGCUCUCUACAACAAAUACGCCUUGACCACUAAACUCCAUGAGCCCAGUGUGAAAGUGCAAGGCGCUUGGCAGAUGGAUGACUCGGUGAAGCCUCCUAUGUACUAUGUUGAAGAAAACGCCAACCUUACCAUGACCUGUAACUACUACCACGAAAAACAUUUAACUUUGGGAUUCAUGUGGAGCAACCAGACGCACCACAACAUCUCUCUAAAGAACACCAUGGAAAAACAAUUCAAGCUUCCAGGAUCUGCCAUCUACGAAUGUCGAGUAAGAUUGGACCAUAUAAAAUAUUCUAAGCCUUGCCAGCUGAACAUCACUGUAAUAGCCAAGGAUGCCACCUACCUCACCACCAAAAUCUCCGACCGUAACGUGACGAAGGUGGAGGAGAACCAUUCAGUCCUGUGGAACAUUGCCUUCAUAGCACACCCAGAGCCAUUCUUUUUGUGGAAGAAACAAGGAAAACCGCAACCGCUGCUAGACUCGAGGAUCAAAAAAUCACCAUACCAGAAGAUGAAUUACAGGAUAAACGUGACGUUGAAGAAGGCGUCACUGACACUCUCCUUGUACCACCCGACACUGGCUGACAACGGGAAGUACACUCUAGAAGCGUUCCUACCCGGCACCAAUAUCACCACCACCACCACCAUGUUCCUCAUGCUUCCAGGCAAGCCUAAAGAUGUGGUGAUAAAGAGUCUUAACGACAACCAGAUGUUCAAGGAGGGGGACAGAUUCAGCCUCACGUGUUCAGCGCAAGGCUACCCGAAGCCACACCUCACACUUCACUUCGUCCCUGAGAAUGACACCAACGUCGACCUCGCCCAGGACGGUCGCGGAUACAAUGAGCUGAGGAAGGACAGCGGCAUGGACGAGGACGACCACAGCAGCAUGGUGAAGCGAAGCGUCCACUGGAUCGGUGUUGCUCAACACCCUGGAUCGUACCUAUGCAAGGCGGAAAAUGACCUGGGACAACAAUACUCUUCCAGUAAGAAGUUCCUGGUGACGGACGGAGAGUCUCUGGUGCCCAUUGCGUUGAGGUUGGAAAUCGGUGGCGAGGUGAGGGGCGUGAUGGGCAACACCGCCACUGUAGUGGAGGGAGACGACUUCAAGCUCACCUGUCGGGCCAACAAGGUGACGGCUAAAGCACCGCUCACCUGGACUCUCAACAACAACCCUCUAGAUCAGGCUACUAGGAAGACUUGGGCCAUGGAGGUCACCGACAAUGACACCCGCCUGUCCCUCGUGUCGACGGUGAGGGCCACAAGCCUCCCUCGCAGUGCUGGGAACUUCUCCAUCAGGUGUGCAGACCAAGCUGGCAACCACACUGACAUCAUCAUCAACUUGGAAGGGAUGGUCCAGCCGGAAUGGAGAGGAAAGAAGGAUCCGGGGCAGGACUACGACAGGGACAAGAAUGACAACCUGACACUGAGCUGUCCGGCCGACGGCACUCCUCGUCCCAAGGUCACCUGGAAGAAGGGACAAGAGCUUGUACAGGAAAACAAAUGGCGAAAGAUAAACAAUUACGAACUCUUCUUUGAAAUCUUGUCGUCCUCAGAUACUGGAAAAUACACGUGUGAGAUCAGCAACAGAGCGGGAAAUCUGUCAGCCUUCUUCAACGUGACCGUGAACGAUCCCGAUGACCAGAAGACUUUGAUGAUUCUGUCCAUAGUGGGCGUGCUCAUCGUGGCCUUGGUGGUGAUGAGCGUGUUCCUCUGCAGGAGGAUCUACCAGGCCAGGAAAGAGACACUGAACCUACAACUUCGCGAGCAGAAGAUGUUUAUAGAGGGAGACCCGAGCAGUCUUAACCCUGACAUUCCGCUGGAGCAACAAGCUGAGCUGCUGCCGUACAACACCAAGUACGAGGUGUCCAGGGACUCCAUCAUCUUUGACAAACUGCUGGGGACAGGAGCAUUCGGGAGGGUGUACCGCGCCACGGCGCUCAACCUCCGGCCCGGAGAGCCGCACACCACCGUGGCUGUCAAGAUGAUGAAGUCCCGCACUGACUGCUCGCAACUCAAAGCUCUGCGCUCCGAGGUGAAGAUCAUGAUCCACAUCGGAAGGCACGCCAAUAUCGUCAAUCUCCUCGGUGCUUGCUCCAAGGACCUCGCUUCCAAAGGGGAGCUGCUGCUGCUGGUGGAAUACUGCAAGCAUGGCAACAUCCUCGACUACAUGCGCCGCCAUCGCCGCGACUUCGUCAACCAAAUCAACGCUGAAGACAAGAUCGACCCGACUUUCCGCGAGCCGCGACCUAGACAAAAGAGUGACUCCAGCUCAAGGAGCCACACUUCCCAUGGUCUCAAGUACACACACCUCAACUUCCACCAAGACAACGUGUUUUACGGCACCACUCAGGCUUCUGACGGACCCACAGCCACGUCUCCAAACCUUCUGUCCCCCGCCAUGACUGACGGCGACGCUGGCUGUCGCCCAUUCCGAGCCAGGACCGUGUCGGCUUCCUCCACCACCCACCACAUGGCCUCCGACAACAGCUUCCUUCCCUGCGAGUCCUCCGCCGGCACAUCAGUCAUCACCAUCAACAGUCACUUCUCCAGCUGGCACCUAACGCCCCUUUGCUCCAAUGACCUGCUCCAUUGGGCCUACCAGAUCGCCAAGGGAAUGGAAUACCUGGCGUUUAAGAAGGUGCUGCACGGUGACCUGGCUGCGAGGAACAUACUGCUAGAUGAGAACAACGUGGCCAAGAUUAGUGACUUCGGACUUGCCAAGGACAUCUACAAGGAUGAAAACUACAGGAAGAAAACUAGCGGUCCCAUGCCAGUGAAAUGGCUGGCUGUGGAGUGUCUGCGGGACGGGAUGUUCUCCACGCAGAGUGAUGUUUGGUCCUUUGGCGUGGUGCUGUGGGAGAUCUUCAGCCUCGGACAAAUUCCGUACUCGUGUAGCGAGUUCGACGAAAGCUUCAUCCUCAAGUUGGAGAAAGGCAUCCGCCUUGAGCAACCCCGCUACGCCACCUACGGCCUGUACCGCCUGAUGCUGGAAUGCUGGAACACUGACCCCUUGGAACGACCUUCCUUCACCAGCCUGGAGGCCAGUCUGGGAGACAUGCUGGGCGAAGUACAACGACAAAACUAUCUACAGCUCACUGAGGCCUACGAGGAGAAUGCUUCAAGUGAGUUUCUGGACUUACUCGCAAGUCAAGACUACUCGGCCAAGAUGCGCCAGCCCACACCGCUACCUAACGAGGAUGGCUACGAGAUGCCCUUCAGUCCCGGUGUGGCGCCUCAACUGACGGUGCAGGCCGACCGCCUCUCCACACCGACCCGCCUCACAAACCGACAGAAAGAGUACCUCUGCGCUGUGGAAGGCGAACACUCCGCCAGCUCUUACGUGCCCAUGUCCGCUGACCGCACUGACGCCAAAACCGUAUUCGAUUUUGACGACGAGACGGUGGCGUGCAUCAUGGGCCGCCCUGAGAAAGAAGAAUACGGUAACCAAGACCUCUACCUCAGGAUGGACAAGCCUUCUCCGGAGCCCCACACUCCAGAUUCCGUCAACGGACGUCAACACUCUCCACGCUGCACCAUUCUCAAGAGCGUUUUAACUAAACACGACAGUGGCGUGUACAGCCCCACCAUACUGGCACACACCAACCCAGAGUACAUAUCCAUGAGUCCAAAGUUACUCGUAAAGACAGAUAUCGACAGGGAAAGAGAAAUUACCGCCUUUGAACCGAAAGGCAUUGCAAAGGCACGCAAGUAUCAAGAUGACAGUAAGUCUGGCGCUGAAUACAUCAAUCUCCUCCCGAAAGACUCGUACAGCGAUAACGCUUAGUAGCACACUAUUAGCUGUAUAGUGCACAGGCUACACAGGUAGUCACUGGACAAGAUCUUGAUGUUGCUACUGAUCAGCGAAAAACAUAUAUUGAUUGCAAAGUAUCCAUCACGUUAACGUUAAAAUUCAAGCUUACGUAGCCUCUAGAUGAUACAUAUAAAUGCUCUUUUUAAUCCCGGAAAAUUUGGUGGUGAGCAAAUUAUUUUAUAAUGUGUUCUAAAGUAGACCUUAUGUUAUUAAUUAUUAUUAUAUACAUUAUUUUCCUUUUUUUUUUUUUUUUUUUUUGACAAGUUUCAUGGAUAUGCAUUUAACACCUUCAAUAUUGAGACCAUUAUUUUUGGGUAUCAUUAAACGAUUUUAUUUACAUUAGGAAGGUUCUAUGGUGGUCAAAAGAUUAAUGGCCGGAAUCUUUACAAUUUAAAUCCCCACAUACGUUUCUGAAGACGUAUAAAAUCGCCAUUAUAGCAACCAGAAUCAAUAUGAAAACGCUGCACGGUAUGAGGGGGUUAAAAGUGUGUACUUAUAAUUGUUGUUCCUUAAUUAAAGAAAAUGUUGAUGUUACCUUUUACUAAAUAUCGAUAAGAUUUGUUUUUUUCAGCAAGACAUUAGCAUUGUAGUAGACAUUUUAGGUUACAUUGGUUUUAUUAAAGAAGACCAUAGGUGUGCUACAUAGGUGUUCCCGCCACCUCCUAGACUAAAAUGUUCCUACAAAAACGUAUAUUAUUGAAAUGCAACUUAGUCAAUUACGCUUUUAAGUUUUGAUGAUAUUUAAACUGAUUUUAAUUAAGAGAAAAUGUUAAUGGUUCUGUGAAUUCAGCAAUUAUAGACUUAUAAAGUUAUCUAAAUGUUUCUAAAGCUUUUUGAAAUGUAUGUUUUAAAUAUGUUAGAAGAGAGUGUCUUUUAAUUAUUGGCAAUUACGUUUCAGAAAGAAAACGUUUAUCCUGCGUUAAUGGAUUUACCAAAAGCUUUUGAUAUAGAGAGAGAGACUAUAAAUUCAAAUCGAACAUAUUUCCUCGGGCUCAUUAUCUGACCGUAAUUUUAGUCUAUUUAAAUUAAAAAGACAAUCCAGGGCGUCAUUUCAUAACAGAGCCGACCUUCACUCCUUCCUAACUCCAUAGAUUCAAUUCAAUUCAAUUCAAUAGUUUUAUUGUUGUUUUACAACAAAGGAAAAAGUCGGAUCUUGCCAACUAUUCCCUAAACCGUUAGUAUUACAAUAUUGUACAGUACAAUUUUAACAAAAUAAAGAAAAGUUUACAGAAAA